AACACACGCAGGAGUAGACAGCUGUUGCAGCCCACAAACUGACAUGACGAGUUUGGUAUCCGAGGUUAUCAUUGCCGUUCUCAUCUUGGCACACAUCCUGCAUGUCUCGGAGGGUCUGUGUGACCCGGAUAUCCCCUCCCGACCUGUACCUGACGUCACAGGAGCGCAGGCGACUCGGACAUGCACUGCUGGACAGGAAGUCCAGGGGGGUGGAUGUCAGCCCUGCCCCGCUGGGAGGUUUAUGACUAGCGGGAUGAGUGAGAGGCAGUACGGUCAGUGUAUAGCGUGCUUGGUGCCAGGUAAGGAUGAGGUUGCCUACGAGGCGUGUACUGCGACACGUGACACCCACGUGACCUGCAAGUCUGGCAAGUUCCGGUCCAGAAGCGCCGACCAGGUGUGUCAGUCAACCUGCGUCACGUGCAGCGUCUGUGGGCUGGGGGUCAACCUGGGCCUCAACUACGAGAAAGGUCAAUGUGAAGGUUACAACAACACCGUCUGUUGCAAUAGUGACGAGAUGGUGCUGGUGGGGGGUGUCUGCGUACACCCCAGUUCUGUGACACCAUCCACGGUCACCGUGAGCACAGAAGGUGUUACAGAGGGGACGACUAACACAACACCACCAAAAAAUGGAUGCUGUACCUGUACACCCCAUUACCUGGUAUUUGUUUGUAAUUUAGUUUUGUUUAUUAUUUUUAUGACCAGAUCAUAUGUACCGUAAAAUAAGUUCUGUGGAUUAUAUUAUUACAAGACACAUACUUAAAUUAAUUAGUUGGAAACGUACCGGCUAAAUAUAACUCUCUAAGAUUUUUGUCAAAAAUAGAAGCAAAGCUAUUAUUAGUCUGCUCUUAUACCUAACUUAAUUAGAUAAUUUAAAUGCGACUGCUAAAACAGGUACAAAAAGAAAAAAAUUGCAAACACUAAAUUUACCUGUGGAUUACUAGUUUUAACACCAGAUUUAUAAUUGUCUGUAUAACUAAUAUCUAUUCUGAUAUUUUUGGGAAAAAAAACAUCUACCAAAACAUUAUCACUUAAUGACUUUGUUGCCAUAAAUUUAACCAAUUAGAAAUCUCUAUCUUUAAUUACAGUCUUUUUUAAACCGUAACACACGUUUCUUAUCGUACCGCUAUUGUAUACAUUCCUUAAACCAGUGGUUCCCAAACUUUUGCAAGUGGCAACCCCCUUUUAUAAAAAGUAAGUGACCCGCGACCCCCAUAGAAUUAAAAAGUCGAAAUUAGUAAGGAAAUUAAAAAGCACUAAAAUACAAUUUUCUAGUAGAUUUUCAAUAUAUUCUUGAUGACUGUUUUAAUACGAUGAGUAAAAUUGCAUGCUAUCCUCAAUAGUCACGGUUGAGGUUUUGUAAACACUUCCUCAUGUCAUUCUCAACCUUAUUUAUUUCUUUGUUGUAUUUUUUAACUGGAGAAAAGUUGAAAACAAUUUCUUCUCGCAAAGAUAUCUUGACACAAAAGGGAAUAAAACUCGAAAGGCAAUCAAUUUCACGUUUGGGUAUGAAUGGUGCAUACUACACCAACAUUGUGUGGACAGUUUUUCAUUAAUAUUCGUUCAUUAUCUCUGAAGCUUCAGGUUAAGCUUAUGUUGAUGUACGAAUAUAUCUGCUAGGUAUGAUACUCUCUCCAACCACUCUUUGUCCUUUAAGUGUAUCAAAUGGUAUUUUUUUCCUUGCACUUCCAUGAACAACAUUUCCUUUUGACAGCCAGAGUACUGCAGUGUAGAAAAGCAGAACCAUGUGAUUUCUAUUCAUGUCUUUGUACAGUUCUUUAAACAGGCGAAUGGUUAGGGCUCCAGAUUUAAUAUAAUUUACAACUUUUAUUAGCAACGGAGUCGAAAGAAUCUUGCUGGCGAGAGCAUACCGGUGAAUCAUGCAGUGGAUUCCCCUUGGUUAGGGAGCUAAAUCUUUUACUGUUUUCUGAAAGCCCGAUCUUCACCCAAACAUAGAUGGCGCACCAUCCGUACAAAGCCCACAGCCGUAAUCCCAUUUUAAUCAUCCAGUUUCAAAAAUGUAUUUAUUUUUUUCUAAGAUAUCUUCACAAAAUAGCAACUCUUCUUUUCGAUCAUCUGAAAAAAUAUAUUUCACAAAGACAAGCACACGAUCUCACAUCUGUUGAUUUAUCAACUUGAAAAGCAAACAAUGGUGAAAGCUUGAUUUCAUUCAAAAUUUGUUCUUUAACAUCUACGGACUUAACUGCUAUAAGCCGCUGAAUAGCAUUAUUAGACAGAGAUAUUUGUUGCAUCUUUACUGCACUGGAAUCCCCAAUAAUUAAUUUCACCACCUUCAACAUUCAGGGUUUGGUGAGAUUUUCUACUUUUUUUUUGCUUAGCAAUUUCUAUUGUGACUUCGUAUGAUGCUUGCAC